CUGCAAACUUCGAGGACAGAAGUGGUUGACCAGGUUCCCUCUCUUGAAUACGCAUCUUUCAGGAUGCUUGCCAAUGGCUCCACGACCUGCCAAACGGCAGCGCCGGUCCACCUUUGUGCUCUCAGAUGACAGUGACGAAGGUAAUGGCCGGCCUUCUUCGGAGGCACGAAGGUCCAGCCUGCAGCGUGAAAUUACGCUUGACGGCAGAACCUCGCAGACUGUCUCGCCAGUAAAGUCGACCAAGGGAAGAGCGGUAGUGCGAAAGCCCGCACCAAAGCCAUCGCCGAAAUCGUCUCCCGAGAAAGCCAGAAAGAAUACGAGGCCCAAGAAUGAACCAGACAAGACGAAAUCCCUUCACAACUUCUUUACCAAGGCUGCAGACGAAGAAAGAUGGAGGAAGAAAAGCUUGACACCAGACCUGGACAUUCAAAAUGGAGAGCUAGGAGAUGCAAUCGAAGACGAUGAGUUGUCGGAUGAAACAUUGCAAGAACUUGGACUCAAGACAGAUACAGCCAGCGUUGUCCUGGACAAACGGAAACCUGUCGUCACUGCUGUUGCCGGUGGCAAGAGCACGAGCGAUGGAGGUGGUUUGCCCUCCAGUCAACGAUUCGUGCGUUCUACACUUCCACGUUCUACGCUCUCCAAUCGGAACCUCCCAAGCGACACUGAACAUAGCGUGAGCGUCGAAGGACAUCGCCCCUGGGCUGAUCGAUAUGGUCCGAGCAAUCUUGAAGAGUUGGUCGUGCACAAGAAGAAGGUCGGAGAUGUACAGAACUGGCUGCAAGGCAAAGUUGAUAGGCGUAACAGCCAGAAAUUACUCGUCUUGAAAGGACCAGCUGGGAGCGGCAAGACCACAACGCUGUCACUCCUUGCACAGGCUAUGGGCUUGCAAUUGGUUUCCUGGCAUAAUCCCACUGUGUCGGAGGCUGGUGCCAACAAUUCGACCGCUUUACAAUUCGAUGAGUUUCUCAAUCGCGGUGGUCAAUUCGGUAGUCUUGCCUUCGACCAGGACUUGAUGACUUCAGAUACGUCAAAAGCAGAUUCAGCCCAUCGCGUGCUCGUCAUCGAAGAGUUUCCGGCAAUUAUGACGAGGCUCUCCAAUGUCCUUCAGUCUUUCCGAUCAGUUAUCUUGCAGUAUCUGGCACGGAGUCGAGCGACUUCUACAAUCACUUUGCGUGGCCAGCAGAGCUCGAGCGACAAUCCUCCACCGGUAGUCCUUAUCAUCUCGGAAACUCUGCUCUCAUCUUCUACCGCAUUGACAGACAGUUUCACAGCUCACAGGCUUCUUGGUCCUGAGAUCCUGAACCAUCCAUUCGUGACGGUCAUGGAUUUCAACCCAGUAGCGCCUACUUUCAUGACUAAGGCUCUAGAUCUCGUCAUGAAGAAAGAGGCAAGAGACUCACGUCGACGCCGAAUGCCGGGGCCUGCUGUCAUCCAGAGACUUGCCGAUAUGGGCGACGUGAGGAGCGCUGUCAACUCGCUCGAGUUUCUGUGUCUCAGAGGAGGCGACGGCGCAGAAUGGUCUGGAACAGUCGCGGCUAAGGCUAAAAAGUUGUCAAGAGACACUGUGCCGUUGACCGAGAUGGAAAAGAACUCUCUCCAGCUAGUUAACCAGCGCGAAACCACUCUCGACAUGUUCCACGCGGCAGGCAAGAUUGUGUACAACAAGCGCGAAGAUCCCCGUGUUCUGGACACCCGAGCAGAACCACCACCUAAACCUCCGGAUCAUCAUAUGCACAUUUAUUCGUCAAAAGUGUCUCAAGUUGAUAUCGAAGCACUGUUGAACGAGACGGGCACAGAUAUUCAGACCUUCAUCUCUACCUUGCACGAGAACUACAUCCUUUCGUGCAACGGCGACACCUUUGAGGAAUCCUUUGAUGGUUGCUCCGAUAUACUGUCCAUAAGUGAUAUUCUCAAUCCGGACAGCAGGCCCACACGUCGAGCAAACCCGAAUCACUACGCUACGACCAUACAGGCAAGCCUACAGGCUGGAUCCUCAGACACCCUGCGUCAAGAUGAGAUCAGCUUUCAGGUAGCCACAAGGGGAUUGCUGUUCAAUCUGCCGUAUCCGGUGAACCGGGCAACUCCACCUGGAGCAAAGAAGAGCGACACAUUCAAGAUGUUCUAUCCUGCGAGUUUGAGGCUGUGGAAGCCCACCGAAGAGCUCGAUAGUCUGAUCGAGAUGUUUGUGCAUGGAGAGGGCACGAGCAAGCUAGAUGCCGCCGCGGGCUCCCAUACGCUCUCGAACACUCCAGGCAUUGACGGAGGUGUUGGAACUUGGCGCACGAGAUCAUUCGCCGCUGCUUCCUCUCCAGAAGCCAAAUGCAAGCCGGGAACUGACUUUGUUCAUGGCCAGGACGAAGACGACGUCGAAAAUGCCCUUCCAAGACCACUUCGGCACGCCAAAGACACGCUGACCCUUGAGAUACUGCCACACAUGACGCAGAUAUUCGGAGCGAGGAAGAGAGACACUUCCAUCCUUGAACGUAUAACCAAGUUCAGGCCAGCUGCUUCCCAGUCCGCUGCCGCUACUGGAAGCGAAGCAUUUGAGGACGAAAACGAGAGGACUGCCGGUGAGAACCCAGCAAGGGCUGGAGUGUUUGCCCGGACUCCCGCAGGUGUCCAUGCAGCUAUGUCAGGGUUAACGCGGGGUGGCUUAGGUGUGAGCACGAGCACGUUUGCCGGAAGCACGGGUUCGUACGUCGCUCAGUCUGCUGUUGACGCUGCCUCGGUUGAGAAACUGUAUAUCUCGGAUGACGACAUUGAGGACGAUUGAUUUGGCUCAAUGUGAGUGAGUGAGCUACUGUGUAUGGACAGACGGGGCGGCCUUGUUGUCUGGCCCAUUGUUAUCAGCGGACAGCUUUUGCCGAAUCAUGUGCCCUGAGGAGGGUUGUUCUGGUCUGAUUUUGACAGUCACAAGAGACUAGCGAGUCCCGGUACUAAAAGGAAAUUCGUCGGACAAGUAAACGGUUGGGAUUAGACUCAUCUUCAGAACCAAGGGGUUCGUCUACUUAGUACAACGUAGGCACGGCUAUGGUUGGUAUUCAACUCUACUCGAAUCAUAGAAUGAUGAGGCCCCUAAAGCAUUGUCACAUUAAGGUACCUAGGCAUGAAAUUGGAAUUGGA